UAUAGCAGUAGUGGCGACAACGACGGAAUUGUUAAAAAACUAAGAUUGCAUAGAAAGAAGGACUGGUUCAGGGUUACUGGGUGACUAUAAUUUUGUUCGAUAAUUAUUCAUUGAAAAAGCUAUUACUCUUGAGGAAAAAAUAUGGAAGCAGAACCUUUAGAACUUGAGGAUGGUGAAGUUAUAGACGAUGAGGUAAACGAUAUUGAAACGUAUACUGUUUUAAAAAGACCUCAUGCAGUUUUAAAUAAAGAAGAUCAUAUAAAAAUGGGUUAUAGCGAUGAGUCUGAUGAUUCUGCAGAUUCUGAAAGCGACUCUGAUUCAGAUUCUGGACGAUUAAAAAGUAAAAGACCUAAGUUAAAACUAAAGCGAUCUAAAAAUUUGUCAAAAAAUUGGGGAGACCAAAAUGACAAAUACAAAAUAUGGUGUACUCAAUUGCAAGAGGAUUCUUUAACAGAAGACUUAGUAUUAUGUGGUGUCACAAAAAAACGUAAUCAAGAGCGUAGUGUUGAAAGUUAUAAUAUUCCACACCACUAUUCGUUUAAUGGUAGGUGGAAUAUGGAACAUCAUAACAAUAAUAGUUCAGAAGAUGAAAAAGAUGGUGAAAGAAGAUUAACAAAUAAAAGAACACAUUCAGAUAGAAGUAAUGUUAAAUUAAGAUUAGGAAAGAAACGUAAUUCUAUGGAUAUAGAUAAUCAAAAAGGAAUUGCACGAAAAAUAGCAGAUUUAAGUACAACGGCUGAGUCAACUGAUGCAGAUGUGGCUACUGACAUAACAUCAAAACUUAGCGAAAAAAAGGAUCUUCUUAUAAGGAGAAUUGUAGAUAUAAUUGGUAAGGAGAAAGCUAUUGAUUUCUUUCAAAAAACAAAGAAAAUUGAAGAAAGAGGUGGUAUGUUAAUAAUGAAUGGAUCUAGAAGAAGAACUGCAGGAGGUGUAUAUUUAUGGUUAGUGAAAAAUGAUGAACAUAUCCCGCGAGAAAAAAUAAGAGAGAUUUUUUAUUAUGAUAAAAAAGAACAUGUUGAACAAAGAAAAGCUGAUGCCGUUGCAAGAAGACAGAAAGCACAAGAACUAAUUAAGUGUUUAGAAAAUGGUUCAGAAAAAGAUCUUCCUGCUUUAUUAACAAAGGCAGAACUGUCUACUAGAGAAAUAGCAGAAGAAGCAAGAUUGAGACGUGGAGAAGGCAUGGACCGAAUGCCGAUAGAUUCUGAUCGAACAAUGACUAAUCCACCACCUAGUCCUGUAACUGAUGAUCCAGAUCAUUCAGAGCACUCGCUUGUACAAAGGCGUGUUCAAGACUAUGGAGAGAAUUACCUUAAUAUUGGAAUAGACAUAGACAGUAUGGAAGUAUUUUAA